AAUCUGAUUUUUCUUUCCAGAUCUUAUCCAAGUCUAGAACACUGAAGGACAACAGAGUGACAGUCACGUAAACAGUAUAAUGGAAGGGGACCCAACUUCACCACAGCCUCCCAUGGGCAGAGGGGGACGGGGGGCAGCAAUCUUGCGGGCGCUCCAGUCCUCAUCUCGGCAGCCGGGAACAGCUGGCUCCAGUCUGCCUGGACAGCAACCAGCUUUGCCUCCACCUAUCAUGACUGGAAGCGCAGGAGUCCAGUCCCCAGAGAGUGCAGGAGCCUCGGCCCUAUCUUCCCCUAGGAGUCCCAGCACCUCCAGCAUUGGGUCAUCAGGGAGCAGCCGUGGGGCCCUCUUGUACCACCUGAUCAAGCAGAGGAGUGGCCACAAAGCUGACUCACUUCAGUCCCCCUUCUUGGAUGGUUCUUCUGUGGCGCCAGAGAAGGCAAAGGGACGUGGCCGUGCUGAGAUCCUGCAGGCACUCAAGGUUGGCUCACUGACAUCCCUCCCAGCCAACUCUCUAUUUAGUUUAUCCAGCUUCAAUGCCACCACUGCUUUCACCAUUACGAGAGCUGACAUGCAAGACUCCAGCUCACAAUCCUCGUCUGUCACAGAAAGCAUGCAGCAACUGAACAUUUCUGAGGCCCAAGAACGUGAGGCUGUUGUGAACAGAGGGACAAGUGGAUCGAAGUUCUCUGCUACGUCAAGCUGGAUUCGACUCUCAGUGAACCCUGAAAAGGCAGUGUUUGAGUAUGAAGUAAAAUUUGAACCUCAGGUUGAUGCCCGGAAUCUGCGCUUUCACCUUCUUGGCACUCAGAGAGAAAAGCUGGGAUCUGUGAAGAGCUUUGAUGGUGUAAUGCUCUGGCUUCCAGCACACUUACCUAGUGAGAUCACCCUUUUCCACGUCCCGCAUCCCAUCACCAAAGAAACCAUUACCAUGAAGGUGAUAUUCAAGAAGCGGACCUCCAUGGACAAGUGCGUCCAGCUUUACAAUGUUCUGUUUGGCCGCAUCAUGAGGAUCCUGAAGAUGGCCAAAGUGGGCCAGAAUUACUACGCUCCCAGUGGAUCUGUCCUUGUUCCGCAGCACAAGUUAGAGAUCUGGCCUGGGUAUGUGACUGCUGCGCAUUAUAGAGAAGGUGGCGUUAUGCUGUGUGUUGAUGUCUCGCAUAGGGUCCUGCGCACACAAACCUGUUAUGAGAUCAUGUCUGAAAUAUUCAACAAUCGCCGAGGCCAGUUCAAGGAUCAUGUGAUUAAGGCUCUGGUGGGAAGUAUCGUCCUCACGCGCUACAACAACAAAACAUACCGCAUCGAUGAUAUCCUCUUCGACAAGAAUCCAAAGUCAACCUUCACCAACUCCAAGGAGGAAGAGGUGUGUUACAUGGACUAUUAUAAGAAUGCAUAUAACAUCACCAUCAAGGACCCACAGCAACCUCUUCUGCUCCACAGAGUGCGAAAGAAGGAAUUGAAAGACCAGGGCACGACCAAGUUUCUGUGCCUGAUCCCAGAGCUCUCCUACAUGACAGGCUUGACGGAUGACAUGCGUUCUGAUUUCCGGGUCAUGAAAGACAUAGCGCAACACACUCGCAUCACGCCUAAUGUCAGGCAUGCCUCUCUUAGAACCUUUGUCAGGAAUGUCAAUGGUUCCUCAGAAGCUUGGCAGGUAUUGGCUGAUUGGGGCUUAGCUCUCGAUGACGACACUUUCACAAUGGAAGGGCGAAUUCUAUCCCCUGAGACGAUCCACUUUGGCACGAGGGAAGUCCCUGGGACGGAGAAUGCAGACUGGGGGCGGGAGUCGGCCAGAGAAAAAGUGAUCGUUCCAAUCGACCUACGGCCGCAGUGCUGGCAGAUCUUCUUCUCAGCGAGGGAUGAGCCACGCGCCCUCAAGUUCUCAGAGAUGAUCCGUCAAGUCACACGCUCCAUGGGCAUUCAGGUGGGCCCCCCCCAGAUGAUUCGCCUCCCAGACGACAGGAUCGAGAGUUACGUCAAUGGGAUCAAGCAACAUUUCCAUGAUAGGUUACAGUUGGCAAUCAUCAUCUUCCCAGCCCAGCGUGAGGAUCGAUAUUCUGCUGUGAAGCGCCUAGCCUGUGUGGACCUGGGCUUGCCCACACAGUGCAUCAACUCUCGCACCAUCAGCCAGGAGAACAAAUUACGUUCUGUCACACAGAAGAUUGCACUACAGAUCAAUUGCAAGCUAGGUGGGGAGCUGUGGGCUCUCAAGAUUCCGAUGACGGGACUUAUGGUGUGUGGUGUAGAUGUGUACCAUGACCCCGUCCGGCGUGGGGCCUCUGUGGUGGGCUUUGUGGCAUCGACCAACCAGACGCUGACCCGGUGGUUCUCACAUGUCAGCUUCCAGCAUCCUGGCGAUGAGAUCGUCCAUGGCCUCAAGAUCUCACUCUUGGAGGCCCUCAGGCAUUACCACAGGCAACACCACUCCCUCCCUCGCACCAUUAUCAUCUACCGAGACGGUGUGAGCGAGGGCCAGAUGCGAGUGGUGGAGGAGCACGAGCUGCCCCAGCUGGCCACUAUCUUCCAGCACUUUGAUUCCUAUGAGCCCAAGUUCUCGUUUGUUGUUGUGCAAAAAAAGAUCAGCACUAGGAUCUUUGCCUCACUGAAUUCUGAGUUGGACAAUCCUCCGCCGGGAUCCAUCAUAGACCACAGCAUCACACAUCGCUAUUGGUAUGACUUCUUCCUGGUGUCCCAGCAUGUACGACAGAGCACAGUGGCACCCACACACUAUGUUGUCCUCCGUGAUGGGGGGAACCUCAAGGUAGAUAAUAUGCAAAGACUGGCCUACAAACUGACGCAUCUCUAUUACAACUGGCCCGGAACUGUUAGGGUGCCUGCACCAUGCCAGUAUGCACACAAGCUGGCUUACCUCAUAGGGCAGAAUGUGAGAAAGGAACCCUCUGAUACACUGUGUGACAAGCUCUUCUUCCUCUGAAGUGGUUUCUUUUAUCAGUCGAAAAAUAGAGAGUGAAAUGGCAGAAUAGAAUUUCUAUACACAAAAAGCAUUAUUAAUACAUAAUCUUUUUUCUGACUUUUUGUCAACUAAGUGUAACGUGCUUAGGGAAUAAGAUGAAAACAGUGAGAAUUUUCCAAGACAAAGCAUCUCUUAUUUGGUUCCUUUGGUGGACAACUUACCGUCUGUUACAGACAUUUUCCAGAAUCUGCAAAUUUUGAGUACUGGAUCACAUUCAGUUUCAAUAGUGUAUAUUGUCUGCAGUUAAUACUAUAAUUCCAUGGUGUAUAUGAAUCUCCUCAUCUGUUUGCUAUGUGAGUGGUAUGCAAGCGUGCUAUUUAAAAUAUUUUGGAAUUAUAAUAUUAGUUGAUCCUUGGUGGAAAAAACUCGGAACUGUUAGUUGUUACUGAAUAUUAUGUGAUAUAUAUUGUGAUCAUGGAAUGAUGCAGAAGCUGGAGUUUUAAAAGUUAUUUUGUUAAUUUGAUUUUGUUAGUCUAUAGAAUUAGACUUUGAUUUUAGUUAAAAGAAAAGAAAGUUCUUUUUUUGUUAAAUUAAGGAAGUGUUUAAUUUUAUGGUUAAACACCAGUUUCCAAGAAGUUUAGAUUUAAGUCAUGAAAUAGGAUUAGGUGUAAAAUGCACGUUCAUUUAUUUAAUGAAUGGUCAUGCAGAUUUAUGUUUGAUUUUUUUUUUUUAUUGCAAUCAAUAUAAUGUUUGAUUUGAUGAACGAGAUAGUUCUUAUCUAGUCAACCAGCAGUUAUUUUUUUUAUUUUUUAUCUUGGUUCUCUGUUAUUGUGAUUUUUUUUUUUUUUUUUUUCCAAGUCAACUUAGGGUAAGUAACAGGGGAUUUGUGAAUGUGUAUGUGGAGGUGUGUGAUUGUACAUGUGUGUGUGCAUGUGCACUUAUUUUUCUGAUAUUGUUUACACCUGUUGUGAUACUUAAUAUCAAAUACAAAUGUGAAUUAAACUUCUAUAAGAAUGAAGGCCUGAAACAGAUUCCCCCAAUUUGUUCCAAAGUACAGAUGUUGAAGAAUUUGCUCAGAAAAGAAAUAAACAAAAGCAUUUAUACUUUAUUGUUGUAAUGUAAAACAUAUUUU